AUGGCGGAUUUCCUGCCGUCGCGGUCCUCGCUGUCGGGUUGCUUCCCCGGCUGCAUGCUCAACAGCACCGAGGCCGAGCAGCAACGGCGGUCUAAAGAGAUCGAUAAGUGCCUGUACCGCGAGAAGACCUACGUCAAGCGGCUCGUCAAGAUCCUUUUGCUGGGCGCGGGCGAAAGCGGCAAGAGUACGUUCCUCAAGCAGAUGCGCAUCAUUCACGGGCAGGACUGGGACCGGUCAGCCCGGGAGGAAUUCCGCGCCACCAUCUACAGCAACGUCAUCAAGGGUGUUAGAGUCCUUGUGGAUGCUCGUGAGAAACUUCAUAUUCCAUGGGGAAAUCCUGCUAAUCAAGCAAAUGGCAGCAAGAUGAUGGCCUUUGAUACCCGUUCAGAAGUGGUGCAAGGGAUGGUGCAAACCUAUACUUUCUUACAAUACCUUCCAACAGUGAGAGCUUUGUGGAAAGACAGUGGUAUCCAGCAUGCUUAUGACAGACGCAGAGAAUUUCAGUUGGGAGAAUCAAUAAAAUAUUUUCUGGACAAUUUGGAUAAACUUGGAGAUCCAGAUUAUCUUCCCUCCCAGCAAGAUAUUCUGCUAGCACGAAGACCUACAAAAGGAAUACAUGAGUACGAUUUUGAAAUUAAAAAUGUUCCCUUCAAGAUGGUUGAUGUAGGUGGCCAGAGGUCAGAAAGAAAACGUUGGUUUGAGUGCUUUGAUAGUGUCACUUCAAUACUAUUCCUAGUUUCAUCAAGUGAGUUUGAUCAGGUACUUAUGGAAGACCGGCUAACAAAUCGCCUUACGGAAUCUUUGAACAUUUUUGAAACUAUAGUUAACAAUCGGGUUUUCAGCAAUGUGUCCAUCAUUCUCUUUCUAAACAAGACAGACUUGCUUGAGGAAAAAGUGCAAAAAGUGAGCAUCAAAGACUAUUUCCCAGAGUUUGAAGGGGACCCUCACAACUUAACAGAUGUCCAAAAAUUCCUGGUGGAUUGUUUUCGUACCAAACGCCGGGACCAGCAACAGAAGCCCUUAUACCACCAUUUCACCACUGCUAUUAAUACAGAAAAUAUUCGUCUGGUAUUCCGUGAUGUCAAAGAUACCAUCCUUCAUGACAACCUCAAACAGCUCAUGCUACAGUGAUGUUGAAAAGACUCAUUUGUGUUACUAGUUUACAGCAGGAGUUUUAAAAGUAAACCUAGUCUUGUCAAGACCUCAUGAUGUGUGGGUAAAAACUGCUGCUGUUCUGAUUGCCAAUUUCUCUUAAAAUCAAAAUCUCUUCCUGUUCAUUAUUUUUGAAUCAGUUUUAACUUUUAAUAGACUUUUUUUUAAAGCUAACUCAAGGUUUUAAAUUAUUCUGCCUUUUUCAGCUAUAAAGCCUAAACUAUUAACUUGUAGAUAUGUGCUUGAAAGAAAUUAUUUGGAAACAUGCAAAGUUCUUUCAACUGGUUGGAUUUUAAGAGAACUAUUGAAGAGUUUUCCUGACUUAGACAACCACCACCAAUUGUUUCAUAUGGUAAAUGGCUUUGCUUUGUCAAAUAAUUAACCUAUAUUUCAAGUUUACAAUGCACUUCUUCCAUAUUAAUAAAAAGUGCUUUUAGAUGGUACCAGGAAAAAAAACGAAAAUUGCCACUGAAUAUUUCAGUCAAAAUGAAUCAUACAUAGGAAUUCUUGGUCUUGAUUGGUUUUUGCUAGAUCAUACAAUUUGACAAAACCCCAUUAUUUUACAAUUUGGGCCUCAGUAAACUUAAACUAAAAAGAGAAUUCUUUUCAGUUGCCAUGAAUAAACCAUUGUCUGAGAACACUCUUUUUUUCUUUUACUAAGAUAUUGUGAAUUGGAUAAUGGUGGAAGCCAAGCACAAAUUUGUUUUUCCCAAACAGUAAUUCAGUUUAUAGAUGUCAAAUGUAGCUUAUUAAAGAAGGCUAACACACUCAAGUAUAUACAACUGUAGUUGACAGAAGUAGCCAUUAUAUUAGCCAAAAAACCCUAAAAUUGAAUUAAAGUGUAAAGCAGCUGAGUGAUAUUAGACAAAUGAUACAUUAAAAAUGGUAAAAUUAAAAAAAUAUUCCAUCUUCUGACUCAGUUACACAUUUUGAAGACUUAAUUUUGCAAUGAAAUAAUAAAAAUAAUAGCUUUGUUGAUGCUUUAGUACUGGUCAAAAGCCAGUGUCACCUGUAAUUCUGAAUAUCUUUAAUUAUAUUUUUAUCCUAGGUUCCAUCAUAUUGAGCUUUAAAGAGGAUAUUUACAAAAGGGAUUGACACUUGGGUUCUAAUGUUUAAUGCAAUAAAUAUAUUUGCUUUGCUUAAGAACAAAAACAAUUAGCAAAUUUCCCUUCUUUGUUUCAUUUGUUGCACAGGCCAAAUUUAGUCAUUGUUCUAAAAGAAACCCAAUUAUCCUGUAGUUUUUCUAAAAGGAAAUCAAUGUUUUUAUAUUUUUGAGAAAAAUACAUUUUUGCCAUUCAUCAGACUAGGAAAAUUAAGUUUGUGUGCUAAUUGAAUGCUUUAACAGCAAUUGGCCUAGUCCAGUGCCAAUAAAUGGUUAAUUGAUGCAGUAUCUUAUAAUCUAAAGUGCCUCUUGGUUUUUGUUUUUUUUUUAAACUAAUAGUGGCCUUACAGUGAAUACCAGUUUAGCUGGUUGGAGAAAAGACAACAGAGUGCAAAUAAAUGAUAAUUGCAUUUUUGCUAGAGCACAAAGCCAACAUACAGAACCUUCAGGAUUCUAGGGUGAAACAAAAUAGGAUAAGGGAAUGCCAUUUUUUUCUAUACUGGUAUUUUAGAAUAUUACCAACACUGUUAAAAAGAGGGAAGUGAAUGGUAAAUAAAACUAUAUAUACAAAAAUGAAACACCAAUUUUAACAACUCUGCUGACAAGUAUUGUUUAGAAUAUCCAUUUUCCUCCAGAAAAAUGACUUAGAGGAUAGUGAGGAAAUUUGUUAAGUUAAUGUUUUAUUCUGGAAAUGUGCAACUGUGGAAAAUUAAAGCAACUUAAGUGAUCAUUAUAAAUCUCAAUAUAUUUCAUGCAUAUGGGCUUACAUGUAUUUUAAGUAGCUCUAAGAGACUACAACUUCAAUGAUAGGAGAUGGUGGUUUUUCCCUUCUUACACAGAUCUGCUUCUCUCAGUCAUAUGUACAGAAUUUGAGAGUGGCAGAAUUGGUAGGAAAAGUAACCCAGAGUUAUUUAAGUAGUUCUUUUCCCAUGCAUUUCUCCCCUUAAUUUGUCAUGGACUUUUUUGAUUUUUACAAAAGAAUUCUGGGGAGGAUAAACUGUGUUGUGCCAAUUUUGGAUAAGUGAAAUGCUGUACCAAAAUCUUUGGUGAGAGAGAUUGAGUCACUGUUGCAGUAGUUAAAUCACUAGCUCACAAACCUGAGGAUCCUCUAGUUCAGGGAUGUCAAACUGGCAGCCCGUGGGCUGGAUGUGUCACAUGCAGGCCACGCCCACCCAACCUCCGCAAAGGGAAAAAAAACUAUGAUAUAUCACGUGAUGGCAACAUGAUACUGUGAGUUUGACACCCGUGCUCUAGUUCAUUGCUGUUUUUUUCCCCUCUUGUUCAUGGACUCUAAACUGUUGGGUACAGACUUUAAUGUCCCCUUUGGGAUAUCUGGUAUUUUUUUAAUAUAAUUUUUAAUGUGUUCUAUAGUCUGAAAUAAAACAGGAGUUAAAAAAAAUCUUGCUUAUAAGAGUGGCUUACUUUUCUCAAGUACAAUUCUUUGUUGCCAGAGGCCUUCAUAGAAACAUUUUUACAAACAUUUUUAAACAUUCUUUUUAUUUGGUGUGAUAGGUUUUCAAAUUUAUGAGGACUUUUUAAAAAUCUAAAUUUUGACUUCAAAACUGACCUUUUUUUGUAUUUUAGAUUUUCAUAAAGUUCAGUAUUUUAAAAUCUAAAACAGAGGUAUUUAAGUUCUUGCAUACUUAAUUUCCUUAAACUUUAAACAGGUCAUAUUUUAAAUAAACACAGUAUUUAGCCUUGUGCCUUAUUUUGCAGAAAUUCAACAUAGAGACCCAUUUCUCAAGACUUGAGAAAUCCUCUUAUUUUCUCACUGUGAAAUAGGUGAAAAUACAGGAUAGAACAGAGCUUUGCCUCAUUCCCAAUUUCCUGUACUGAUAAUGCCAAAGAGUAGUUCCAAUAUAACUUUUGACAGAAGAAAAACAUUGGAAGGAUCGUCCUUAUACUCUGUGACCACAGUCUGGCAGAUGUUUUUCUCUCAAGUUAAAUUUGACUCAGUUUUGAACAGAACUGGACAAUGUAUUUCUACAAAUGUUGCUGAACAAGCAACUGCAAGUUACCCUUCCUAACUGGUUAUGUUAGCAUGCAUUGCUAAAAACUAAUGUUCAACAUCAGACAACCAUAUAUUGCCUGGGCCUAUUUUAAAGGAUAAAUUUAAAUGGAGAUAACAAUAACAAAUUUCUUCUUAAGCUGUUGGUUAGGUUUUUUUGUGUAUUAUGGUUAUCUGUUCAAAAAGCAAUUAAGAACUUCUGAUUGAUGGUACCACAACUUAAGUCUUAUUUUAAAAUCAGGUUUAAAAUAUAUAGCGCUGCAGUAGUGUCCUUGGCAGUUUUGUUUAACUUAUACUUGAAAGCAGAUGAUUGCCAAUUAUUUAAAACUGCUUUCACUUUCUUCAACAGCAGCAACAGGUUAUGUGCUAUUAAGUUGUUUGUAAAACAUAUUUUGUAAAGACCCCACAGAAUCGUUAAUGAAACCAUGAUUUGUAUUACUUUUGUAUAAAUGAGGGAUAUGUUUUAUGACUAUACUUUUGAAAUAUGUGUAUCUUCUGCAAUUUUCUAGGAAAGAAGAGAAUCUACUACUUUGUAAAUUCGCUCCACCCCUUUUUUGUCCAUGUUUGGCAAUAAAUUAUUUCUAAAGAAAGUCUUCAAAUGUAUCAUUUAAAAUGGUUUGAUUACUAAAAGAUGAAAGCUUCAUUUAGUUGUACAUUGCUCUCUGUAUAUAAUUUGCAAGUGUUCAAGCCAUUAAUACUGCCUUGUGUAAAUUACUGACAGUAAAUAAACAAUAUACAUCCUCAUGAAGCUUG